GGGUUAUUGGGAAGGGGCAAAAAAAAUAAUAGAAAGAAUAUAUAAGUGAAAAUAUGACAAAGAAAAUAAAAUAAUGCACAUUAAAUAAAGGAAAGGGUAUUUUGGUCAAAUGAUGGAUCGAACAGUGUGAAGAAACGGUCGUUGGGAGUCGAUGUCGUAGUCAGGAGCCUUUUCUGGCGAAUCGCGCCAAUUAUAUAAAAUUAAUAAAAUAAAAACUAAAAAUAUAAAAUAAAUAAGCUUCUUCUUCGAUGCAACGUUCACAUCCACACUUCUUCUUCUGAGAUUACUUCUCUCUCUCUAGGCUCAGCUGAAUCAGUGAAGAAAGAAACUGCAUUUCACAGAUUCUCUGCAACUGCCUGCGAUGGCUGCUAAGCCCUCCGAGGAGGCAAAUCCAUUGGUUGAGGGAACUGUGGAUGGAAGCUGUAACCUACCUGUCAGCUAUUCAGGUUUCCAAAUGCUGAAGUCAGGUUUUGAUUCAGGUAAUUUCCCCCUUCUUGUUGAAGAGGCUUCGUGUGCAGGAAGUUUAAAACUCCCCUCGGAUGGCUCACAUGUCCAAGAUCUCUUUAGCAUUUCUGUCUUGCCCCAAGAGAGCAAUGAUCUACAUUGUUCUUCUCAUUUGGCUUUCUUAAGAUUUCUAGAAGUUACUAAUCCUAAGAACGAUCAGGUCUACAUGGAAGCAAAACUGAACUCUCAGAACAGCACUGAUUUAAAAAUGAACAGUACACAGACCUUUUCUUCUUGUGUUGUUGACAUAGAUGUUGAAAAGAUGUCCUUGAAAGUGCCUGAAUCUAAUGAGAAAGCUGUGGAAAGUUUGAAAAGCGAGAGUGUUUUGCUAUACUUGCAGAGGGUUUUGUGGAGACAAGCAAGUGUAACUGUUGGUGCAAAACUGAUCCAACUUCUCAUGAAUUACGGAACUUCCAGAGAUAAAACAGGGGUUGAGAGGGUUCAUGAAACACCAAAUAACCAAUGGAGAAGGUACAAACGAGCUGCCUCGUUCGAUUCAAGAAAAGUGGUUCUUCUGUUCUCAAUCUUGUCAAUUUUGGGCACAUUAAUUUUGAUAUUUCUCACGCUCAAAGUCAGGCAGAGUGCUGAUAGCAUUGUUCAUGUCUGAAGAUCGUGUCUCUCUCGGCUACUUGUUUCACACGCAUCACCUUUGUUUUUUUAUUUUUCUGAGUUGUCUCCUGAUAACUAGAGUUAAAAAAGAUCCCUUCAGAUUGUAUAUAUUGAUAUUGGUAUAGUGUCUAGAGUUGCAGAGUGAUGAUGGCUUUUAUUAUAAUAUUUAGGUUUAAUGAAUUUUUAUUUGUCUUCCUCAUAUGCAUGCUUUUUUGAGCUCUCUUCUAGAAAUUAAUGUUGAACGAACCUUCUUUUUAUGAUGUAAAUAUUCAUAAUUCUUGGUUAGGCUUUCUAUGUAAAUUGGUGCUUUUGUUCA